AUGGAGGUGAGAGUUGCAGAUAUAAUAGAUAAAGCUCCUUACUUAUCAAUUGUAUCAGAUGGCUGGAGCAACAUUAGAAACGAGAGUAUUAUUAAUUUUAUGGUGAUGACGCCUGUUCCAGUGUUCUACAAAUUUCUAAAUACUGAGGAAAAUCGCCAUACGGCAGAUUAUAUUGCCCAGGAAUUUAAAAAUGUAAUUCAUGAAUUGAAUCCGGUAAAAGUAUAUUCUUUAGUUACUGAUAAUGCCGCUAACAUGAAAGCAGCCUGGAGAAUUCUAAAAUCUGAAUCUAUUUAUAAUCAUAUACAAUGUUAUGGUUGUGCAGCGCAUACAUUGCAGUUAUUCUUUCACGAUUUUGAACGAUUGGACGCCUUCAGUGACCAUAUUUCAAUAAUUAAAAAAAUUGUUAAAUUUUUCAAGAAUAAACACAUACCAGCUGGAGUAUUUUCCCGUAAUAAGAAUCUUCAUGGCAUACCAUCUACAUUAAGUACAAUUAGCCAAACAAGAUGGGCAUCGUCAAUAAAAUGUAUGGAGCAAAUUCAAAUAUGCAAGAAAGCUCUAAAAGCAUCAGUUGUUGAAGAAGCUGUUUGUGAUAAUUGUCCCAUAGAAAUUACCAAUAAUAUAUUAAACGAAGAAUUUUGGACGAAAAAUUUAAAAUUUUUAGCUAUACUCCAACCUUUAACUACCUCAUUGUUGAAAGUGCAAGGGGAUAAAUGUACUUUGGCCCAAGUAAAAAACGAGAUGCUUAAUUUGGAAAAACACAUAAUACAAUCAUGCCAUGAUUCUAUAUUUUCUCCAUCUCAAGAAAAAAAAAUUAAGGUUAUGUUUGAAAAGAGAAAAACUGAUAUAAAUACAUGUGCUCACAAUGCUGCUUAUUUAUUGGACCCCCAAUAUCAAGGGGAGCAUCUUACUAAUACUGAAUUUGAUGAAGUAUGUAAUAUAAUACAAGAAUUGGGUAUUUUACAAGGUGGUGAUAAUCAAAAUAUUUUGAGUAAUAUAGUAAAUUUCAGAAGCAAAAGCGGUAUAUUUAAUAGCCAUAAUAUGUGGAAAGUUGUAACUUCCAUAAGAAACAAUCAAAUUUCGGCCUCAAGUUGGUGGAAUGCAUUUUGCCCACCUUGCCCAUUAAGAGUAGUCGCUAAUAUUUUACUAACAUUUCCUAGUUCGACUUCUUCUUCUGAAAGAAAUUGGUCGGUUUGGGGCAAUAUUCACACGAAAAACAGAAAUAGAUUAAAGGCUUCUACAGCAGGAAAAUUAGUAAGAGUGUAUCAUAAUUUAAGAUUGAUUAAAAAUAUUAAAGAAAAUAAUGAUAUUGAAUAUGAAUCGGAACAAGACUCUGCCACGGAGGGUGAAACAUUGACUAUAGAAUGA